AGAUAUAUAAGAGUUGGUUAUAAUUUAGAUAGUGGUGAGAAAAUAGAAGAUGUUAUAAAGAAUUUGAGUAGAACUUCUAUUGUUUAUCUAAAGCUAAAACGUAAUCACGUACCUGUUAAAACAAUAUCUAAUAUUGACAAAUUAUCAUAUUUUGAAUGGCUGAUUAAAGGACCAUUCACUGGCUAUAUUCAGGUACAGAUCUUAUUAUGUAUAGGUAAAUGGACACGUUAUUCUCUAGCUGACAUUUUGAAGUUGAUCAAAGAAUCCUUACAUAAGCUAAUUCCUGAUGUUUUUGCCUAUACCAAACCAAAUUCAAUAUAG